UUUACCUCACUUUAUGAAAGGUUCUAUGAUUCAACUAGUAAAUGGGAAGCUGAAGAAAGUUGAAGACCUCAAUUCUGAGGACUUUAAGGGUUGCUCUGAUGAAAGCCCAAAUCUAAGAUUAAGCAAUUGUAAAAUACAGUCAAUCUGCCAAAGCAAGAAUCCUGGAUUCAACUCCCUAACUACCUUCCUUACUGAUCAGAAAACUCAGGUAACAUUUGACGUCCUAGAGGAAUAUCCAUUUUUUGUCCACAACAAAGGAUGGUCAUCCUGCUGCCCAGAAAAGACAGAACAAAUCUAUAAACUUCCAUGCCAAAAGAUAACUGUAGGUGACACAUGCAUAACAUUAGCCUUGAAGGAUCCACCAAGUUCAUUCACCUUACCCACAACAUGUCUCUACACACCAACAACUUCAGAAAGGCCCACUACUGCUAGUUCUAUCCAACAUCCACCUUGUUCUUCCAAAGCAAAUCAGAUGCCUCUCCAGGAAAACACAGAUGAGUAUGGAAGCCAUAAGGCGUUUUUAAACACAAAUGUUUCACAACUUGCUGUGCCUCUCAGUAGGCGAAGACGUCAGUCUGCUCCACAGCUUUACUGUACAUAGGAGCAUUCCUCAGCUGCAUCUUCAAAAAUGGUAAAGGUCACAGUCAAGAAAUAUGGUGCUGUGGAUUCUCCUUCUUCAUUUCAUAAAUGUCAAAAUUCAAACCAGUGAAUACUGUUAAUUUCAAUGUCAGCAAUGAAACCUUUUAAAGAGCUACUUUAAAGGUACAAACUCGAUAGUACAGGUUAUGCAGAUGAACAAGGGCAUGCAAGUUCAUAGCUCACAAUGAAACUUAAAAACCACAACAUAUUAAAACAAGAAUACACCCACUUUUCUUGCCUUUACUCUAUAUUACAUUUCAAAACCUGAGUGAUUCAUCUUCAGACUGAGAUAUGUGAUUCAUUUCCAAAUUAAAUGAUAAGUUUCUAUUCAUAUGCCAUGUCCCUGUACAAUACAAAUUUGCAUACUGUACACUGUGCUGUUUGCUAAUAGAAAUAAACAUUAAUCUUCUUUACGGUUGUAAAGUGUCCAAACUGCAGCUCCUACAAGAUAAAAAAAAUAUUGUAAAGGUAUUUUAACCUUAUGAAAGUUCUUGUAUUACUAAGUGGUUUAAGUAGUGAACUUUGUGCUGUGUUUAAUUUUUAAGAUUGAAACGGUAUUGCAUAUUCAUUACUUUAUUCUGUUGAGCUUUAGUGUGACCUGAUUUAUUUCACAUUUGGGUCAGUCUGUUACUCCAAUCAUGUAUACAAACAGCAAGUUAUUGUGGGAAUGGUGUUUAUACACUGUCUAUAGUGAUAUGGUGUUAUGUAUAGUAAUGUCUGUUUUAAAAAUUAAUCAACUGAUGAGCCUUACUCACAGGAUGCAUUUAUGAAACAGAUUAUGUUGAAUCCUACAAUUUAGUCUAGACAGUACUUGGACACAUUGGCAUCCUUCUAUGUGGUAAUAUACAGGAAGACAGUUAACACAUGCUGUAGUGUCUCGGUUAAAACGGCUCAAGUUAAAUCCUCAAAGAAUGGUCUGCUUGCUCUCUUAUGCAUGCUAGAAGUUAUUCUGAUAAUUAUCAUCCUCCUGUCUCCUUUACAAAGUUUAGAACCUAUUGUUUUUAAGUCAUUCGGCAAUGCACCCUUUCAUAGUUGUCAAUGUAGAUGUCAUCCAAAUCAAAGUUACACCAACGGUUGGCAAUUCUUCCUGGUCUUUAGGGAAACCAGAAGGUUUCACCAAAUACAAAAUAAAAUAAAAUAUGUCUUUUAGUUUACAGUCAAUGAACUACAAUGCAGUCUCUGGUGCUUUCUCUAAUAUUUUCCCCUCCACCAUUAUGAACAAUCAGCAACAGUUCAAUCUGCGCAUAUUCUUGCUUCCUAUAGAGCAUAUUCUAUAAAUUAUGAUUGAUAUGUGCAGAUACAUGUGCACCACACAUACACACACAGAUGGAUAAAUAACAUACAUUUUUUACAUAUACUUUUCCUAUUAGAAGUAAAACACAUAUUCCUGUGCUAUCCACUUUUCUCUGUCUUCAGUGUUUAUUUUUCAUCAAGUAUACCUUAUCUCCAACCCAUAAUCAGCAUCCUCUGUGUUAUUAAACAUCACACAGAUAAGGAAACACUUUGCACUUCCUUGUCCCCGCCUACUUUUGCCUUUUCUUUUUAUUUCUUUUCUCAGAAUCCUUAAAUUACAACCUCUAGCAUAAUGCAUCAAGGCUGAGCCUGUAAAUGGUCAUUGUUUGAUCAGUGUUCUACCCAGUAAACUAACUUAAACAAAUAGAUACAUUUCAAUAAAUAACUGCAUUUGCCCCCUACCUCACCAUGCAGCAUGGGAUUUAGCUGCCACAUAACUGUUGACUACACCAAAUGUUGGUACCGAUGAUGCACUGUGAAAGAAGUUGAACAUAAUCUACAGAAGUCUUUAUUCAUCUAGCACACUUACCUAUUGUCACUUUGUUACAGUCCUUAGAGCCUUACCUGUGUCACACUUGGAUAUGACCUGUGUCUUUCUCUCUGUGCCAUUUCCUGUUUUUAACUUUUUAAACAAAUAAAUAAAUGAACCUAGACGUA